AUAUAUCUGAAAGCUAUGAACUUCCUGCGUCUUCAAUAGAGUGAAGUCAAGGAGGAAUGAGAGGACCGAGUUGGAGCAGUUAACUUGAGUAAGUUUCGUGUUUAAUGCACACUCAGUUUAGCAGCUUGGUGUUUAAAGUAGCGAACGCAGGGUUUCGAUUUGGCGAUUUUUUCGCCGCCUCCGAUUUAAUAUUCGAACCAAAAACUUGUUUUAACAAGCGACAUCGCAGCAAUGAUAUCUCCCGUGUAAAACUCCAAAAUUUCGAUGAUCACUUUCUAUUUCCUCAUCUGGCUGGAGAUGAAAAGAACGGAACUCAUUGUAAUUUGUCUUUACUUUCGUGUCAGGCAUAAGAAAAGAAAUAAUUUCAGUUUAGUUCUAUGCAAUUAGGAUACUUAAAGAAAUCAGUGCUAAUUUUGGAUAUGCGCCGAGCGAAUUAUAGUCGUCUGGCUGCAAAUUAACCUGAUUUGACUGGACCAGACUGGUUUAUGCCCCGAAGAACUCAACUUAAAAAUAGGAGAAAAGAUUUUAACUAUACAGCAGAGAAGCAAAUGAGAACUAGACACGUCCCGUUUGUGACCCCCGGAUACCGAAAAUAGCAAGACGCAAAAACCAAAACUAAGUGGGUUGAUUCUGUCCUCAUUCCAUUGCUUUUUUCUCGGCCCCGUUGCAUGAUUUCUCAGCUUCCUCCUUCCAACCAACACCCACGUUCCCAAACGGAGACGCUCAAUCUGUACCAUUCUGGAAUUGUGCCACAUCAUAAUCUCUCAUUUUAUAGGGUGUGUCCUUGCCUCGUUACAUUACUACCGACUCACAGUUAGUUUUUCAUCUACUUUUGCCAGUUUAAGACACUUGUGCGAUGCGAGAAGUCGUUUGUGGUCAACUUUGCAAUUAUAUCCUGUGUGCGGAUCAAAACUAUUCAUGGAACAGAGAUCCCACAGGCGUAACCUUAUACACGAACCGCAUUUCUCAGAAUGGUAAACUGAAAAAGGUAUCAUUCCUUUGCUAGCAAAAUGUUUUUAACCUGUUAAUAAUUUUUACCUUUUUCUGUCUUCUCUGGACACAUUUUAAAACGAAUUUGCUAAUUUCUUCAAGAAAAGAGAAAGAUUUUAAAAUCUUCGGGUCAGAAGUCCAAAAAGAGUUAUCUUUUGCCCUGUCCGUUAGAACAGAAAGACUGUUUUGCUAUUUUCGUUUUAUAAGCGGAAGUUAAUAACAAUUCAGUUCUUUAAAAUAAAAUUUUCCAGUUUCCGUUGUUUAGAAAUGGAAAUAUCAAAGAUAUAGUCUCUCAGUGGAGUCAAACUUUACCCUCUUCACUAAAAUCUUCCUGUAUAUCUGUUUCCUUUGUAAAAGUCACUGGAGGGAAAUCAUAAAAUUCCUAACGUAUCGAGGACCCCCACGGACUAGACUUUAUCCGGGUCACGAGUUUGACCCUAUUUCAGCGCGGCAGACGCUUUGGCUGAUUCCGUUGCACAAUGUUAGAAUGUUUGUCUACGAAAAUUCGAGACCUUUCGUGCAUUGCUUAUCAGACACGCGCGUGUACUCGCGCGUGCUCAUUUACUCAGAUUGCAAUUACAGAACGUGAAUUUUGAAAUUCUCGAACACUUCGACAAUUUUUCGGUUGUUUAUAAAGAAAAGUUAUUUGUAAUAACAUAAAAGUAAGAAAAUUAUCAAAUAUAAGUGAUUUGCUUUGCUUAGUGCCGGAGAAGGCAAAGAUUGUGGACACUUUAGACGACUUUUUCCGCAUCCCUAUCGUGAUUCGUUUCUAGUAACAACGUAUUUCUGGACUGAAACUAAAAGACAUUUUUUGUUCGUAAAUGCUACCGGGGUUAUUUUGUUGACAAGCUAGCAGUUUCUAGGAAGUCUUGCUUCUAUUUAGCAAUUAUGAUGUGUUCCUUUGCGUACAACGCGACCCCUGUACGCGGCCCUUGGGCAAUAAGCACACUAAAAUUCUAGGGAGGGGAGAGUGUGUCUCAAACACUUAAUGUGAAUUCAGUGGUGUUAAGAAGAAAAAUUUUGCUUUAAAUGUACACUAGUGAACUCUUAUUAUCUAUGUCAUUCCACAUUGUGGGAAUGUGGGGAUUAUUAAGCUUUUGUAGAAAGAAUUUACGCAUCUAAUAAACUUCAGAAUCACCCCUCUCCAAGGGAAGUCUUAAGAACUGUCACUUGAGGUAUGACGUCAGCCGCGUCCAAUCCCCGACGAGAGUUGAAAGGAUGCUUUAGGUAUUUAUGAUAUACUGACAAAUUCCGCCCUUAACUUCCUCUUAUAGAAGAUUGAAUUCGUGGCAUAUGGCUGUCUUUUAGUACGAGAAAAACUUGUGUAUCCUGCAUUCUCCAUUACCGUGUAUCACUCACGAGAAGAAAAAUGGCGGACAACGAUAUCGUGGACGAACUGACCGUUGAGCAUGGCAAGCGAACAGUGGUUGGAAAAGCCUUCGAGAGAAUACGACUUUUGUUUCAUGUGCUCGUUAACUUCAGCACGCCAGAAGAAAGCGCUGUUAAGAGUGGAAUUCAGUGGCUAGCCCUUAAAGGAGAGAAAGACAGCUUAAACAAAGCGAAGGUUUGUAGCUUUGAUGUUGUUGUAUGCCAAGCUGCAUGACUUGCCUUCUCUAGUCUUGGCUUUGAAAUACAGGGGCCGCAGGUCAUGAAAAAAACUUCCUUGUUCGGAUUGAAGAGCGAUACUGGCUUCCCUAGCCGCACUUACUUCUUUCUCGUUAUUGAACUCCCACAAACAUUCCAAGUUAAACUUAGCUUAGAGUCAAUAUAAGCUUAAACUUAGUAGUAAUUUCGCGUCACAUUUGCGAACUUCUGCCUAAGCUAUCUUCGGAGUUCUACCACUCAACAACACAAAUUCAAAGCUAACGGCUUUCAAGAAAUAAUAAAAAACGUUGUUAUAAAAUGAUCAUUCGCAAAACCAUGUGAUAUGAUAGUACUGAGUUAUUUGGCAAAAUGGUCUUAAAAUCCCGACCAACGUGCCUGAUUUCUUUUCGUCUUUGUUUAUUUUCAGGAAUAUAUCAAAUCACUUUGUAAUCCCGAGCUGGUUAUCUCUGUUCCUUUUGCGGAACAAUUUUUCAGUGUUCUGUACAAUUCCUGGGAUGAUCUUGAAAGAUCAACAAGCGCUGUUGUUAAGUUCCCUUCUCGGAAGGAAUGCUCGAUUCAAGGUAGUGCAGAGGCCGUGAUAAUGGCACAAUCAGCGAUCGAAGAUAAACUUAAAACACCGCAACCUCCUGCUAUUGAGCCACAGUUGAGGGAGUUUGCAAUCAAACUUGGUUAUUCCAACCAAGUCAUAGACCAGGCCGUUCAAAAGCUUGGCUCAAACGUGACUCAAAAUACACUGCUAAAUGAGCUUCUGAAGCAAACAGCUUCGUUACCUUACCAAAUAUCAGCAACCCCUUCUCAGCCAAAGCCUUCUUCUGGCCCAGUUGCACCCCAUUCCAGGCAAAGAGAAGUUGUUGCUAGAGGUGCCCCAAACGCAUCGAGUAUUAUGAGAUCAGGCUAUGAAAACCCUCCAGAUCACAUGGUUCGAGCCCCAAUUCAUCCUCACUGGGACAGAGAGCCAUCACCUGGUCCAUCCAUGCCUUACAACAGGAGAGAUGUUAUUACCAAAGGCAUGCCUGAUCCAGUGUCAAGACUUGGCUAUGAGAUUCCAGGUGAUGUCAUGGAAAGAUGUGCUCCGCGUGGCACCAAAAGGGGUUUUGAAAAUCAGCGCCCUGAUGAUAUAGUUGCUCGUGGCUGCUCCUCUGCGCAGCCUCUUAUGAAUGUGCUUGUGGGACCAUAUGGUAACCAGGUAUCGCCACUGUAUGAUUCAAGAGAAAUCGCUAGCAGUAGUGGGAUGACCGCUACAGAGGCAAGACUUGAUGAACAAGAACAGUUGAUGUACCAGCAAAUUGUUGGGGCUAAAAAGGCCUCAGUUAGUGCAUCCUCAAACUUAAGACCAAUAGUUAUUGAUGGAAGCAAUGUGGCAAUGAGGUGAGUGUAUGUAUCUGUUAUAAAUAUGUAACAAUCAUUUUCUUUUAGUGCCAAUGUGGAGUACAGUUUUUUUUAAAUAAAAGAGUAAAGGUGUACUGUUCACUAGCUUUUAUUUGGAAGGUCACAAAUCAGGAUUUCUACUCGUUAUUAAGAGCUAAAAACACCUCAAUUUUGUUGUAUGACAAUGUUGAUCAAUUUAAUAUUGCAUCCACACACUUCGUUAUAAGUGGUCGAAAAAUGUUAAAAUAUAAUGCCUUUUAUUUACAAGCAAUUGUUAUUUCAAUCUGGAGUCUUUGUUGAAACUUUACCUUUUACCUACUGUAUCUACAAGAACAAAAUUUGUUCAUUUUUGGAUGCUGCACAUGUUGUACAUGUAAGAGGUUGAAUUUGUAGGGUACAUGUGAACAGCUUUUUCACAACAAAUUGCACUUUUAGGUGCGUUUGCCUAAAUUUGGGCACAAAAGUAAAGGUUUUGUAUAACCAAUUUACAGGUUCAAAAAAUGGAAUGAAAAUUGUUGCUAAAAUUUGCAUGAAACUUGAGAAUCUUGUUUAUGAAUAUUAGAAUGUUCUCAAAUAACAGGAAGUUUUUUUGAAUGCCCUGAGCAUGUGCAGUUGAGUUAGAGCUUAAACAAGGUCAAACAAGUCGUUUGGAUUCCUGUGGCUUAAGACUUCCUCUUUCCUUUCAUUCAAACUGCAUCUGUUAUUGCUUUUUGCAUUCAUGUAGAAAAGUCAGGAACUAUUUCAUGAGAAUUUUAUCCCCUUUUGGCACUUUUCCACUUUGACUCAAACUUGUGUUGCUGUGUUCUGAUUAUUUUUACUGUUGUUUCAUAUAUAUUGUAAUGCAGAUGAAAUCAUGAAGUGUGACCAUAAAAGUGAAAGCUAAUGAAUAAUUCCUUCCUUUCUGGUUCUUUGCUCCUCACUUCAUGUUUUUUGUGGAAAAUUCCAUUCUUUGGCAUUCUGUUGUUUUUCCCCAAGUAGAUAGAAGAUUCUAGUUUUGUUGGUCUAGUCUUCCUAUUUUUCUAGGAACACUAUACAUAUUAACAUUUUUAUUUCAAUAAUUAAACCAUGAUUAAUAAUUGAAACUGCACUUGCAGCCAAUCAGCAUUGAACAACUGUAUUUAUUUAAGAACUCAUUGACAGCCCAUUUUUUACUUGAAGACAAUAUUUAAGGGUGAACUGCCAUAUUUGGGUUAAUCUGCAUCUCAAGUCUUGGGAAACUGGAAGACAACCAUUAAAGCAUCAAGUUUUACCUAAUCAAUUCAAGACAGAAUGCUCAUCUGAUAUGACUUUAAGUCAUUACUGAGCUCAUCAAAUUUCAUAAAUUCAUGCCUAGUCUAGACCAGAACUGAUGAUUCUAGUUCAAUCAAGAGUAAUGCUUACUGUUUUGAAUACUGCACCAGAGCCCCUUUUACAUACAUUUUGAGCUGUAUGAGUUGGUUUAUUGGAUCACCCCACUAAUGUAAUUUUUCAAUUUUUUUUGCAGUCAUGGACGCCAAGAUAUAUACUCUUGCAGAGGUAUACAACUUUGUGUAGAUUGGUUUAGAGACAGGGGACACAAGGAAAUCACAGUAUUUGUGCCAUCAUGGCGAAAGGAGGCUUCACGGCCUGAUAAUCCAAAUACAGACAAGGAAGUACUACACAAUCUGGAGCGCGAUGGUAUCCUUGUGUUUACUCCUUCAAGGAAAGUAAAUGGGAGGCGUUUCAUCAUCAAGCUUGCUGCAGAGACUGAUGGAAUUGUUGUAUCAAAUGAUAACUUUAGAGACUUGACAAAAGAGAAUGCAAAGUGGAGAGAGACAAUUGAACAAAGAUUACUCAUGUACUCAUUUGUUGGUGACAUGUUUAUGGUUCCAGAUGAUCCUCUUGGGAAGCAUGGUCCUAAUCUUACAGACUUUCUUCGCAAAGGGUCUGCAACGCACCCCAAAAUUUGCCCUUACUUGAAGAAGUGCACAUAUGGCCUUAAGUGCAGGUUUUAUCAUCCUGAAAGAGACCAGGAAGCAAUAAACUUGAAACUUGAAAAACUCAUUGAUUUAUUUGGGGAAAGUUUCCCUGAAUCUGCUAUGAGGAAAGUGAUUAGUGACAAUCCAACUGCCACAGUUACUGUCUUGGUAAAUAUAUUGUGUGACUCUGUUGGUAAUGGACAUGGCAAACAUUAAAAUGUACAGAAUAUUUUGUAUGUUAGUAAUUAUAGAAAAUUAACCAAAAAAGUCAUGGAUUUCAUCUUUCAGCCAGUAAAAUAAGUUUUUGUUUUUUAUUUUAUGCUCAUAAGUUUUCUGAUCUUUACUUGAAUCUCUUCAGUAUGAAUUUAUACACAGUUCAGGACUGAAAUUUUGAUAACAGUAAGAAAAAAAUAUGAAACUUUUAUUUGAUUUCCUUUCGAAGGAAAUGUAUAUGCACACUAAUGUUAAUCUUACUGGCUGAAAUGUGAAAUGUGAAGCGACAGUUCUUAAGUAAUGAUAGAUUUCUCCAUGUGGAGUAAUUCAGUGCUAGUAAUCUGACUCUAGCUUGGAGGUGACAUUGCAAUGGAGCGGGGCCAGUUGUUCUUUAACUAUUGCUUUGUCAUAUGACUAGUGUCUUGAUAACCCCCCCAAAGUGUAAUAUACUAGUUUACAGUGUGGCAACUUGCAGCUGUAUUCUAAGUAUAAUAAAGGUACUCUCUGUGAGAGCUUAAGCAAAAUGAAAUUCCGAUUCCUAUCUGGAAUCAUUAGCUGACUGUAUUAGAAUAAAAAUCAAUGAUAUUUCGGUCGCAUGAUGGUAAGAUUACUAAAAUGUUGACUCAGAGUCAGCAAAAUGUUUUGCAGCUUAGAUGUUGCUGUUUCUUUUAUGCUUAAGACAGACUCAAUGUCUGUCAAAAAUGUGUAGUUGUUAGAAUUGUUGGCAAAUGAGUAUUUGGGUUUGAAUAUAAAUUAAAGGGCGGAUUUCAAUACAAGAAAAAAAAAUAAGGAAAAAACGAAGAAAAUUUAGAGGAAAAGCAAAAAUAGAAAAAAACGUGUAUUUUUUUGUUGUUGCUGCAGCUGCAGCAUGCCAUUGUUUGGUUGAAAAUGUAACUUUGCAUAUUUAGACACAUAAGGCCAAAAACGAGAUUAACCCUUACAUACAGUGUCUGUGAAUUGUUGCAAAAUUUAUGAAAAAAAUUUUAUCUCACCAUGCCUUGAUCUUCUUUACAAUAAUAUUAAAGUUUGACAGCAAUUCAGCUUAUUGAUGGCUUUGUGUUGUUGUUUCUGUUAUUAUUCUGUAUUAAUGUUAUUGUUGCUAAAGCAUUAAUAAAAAAGUAACUGUGAGAAAAGGACAAAAAUGUAUUAUGAUAAUUUUGCUAUUGUUGACAAAAAAUGUCCUGUGC